AUGGAGACUGCCAUCAGAAAGGCAACACGUCUAGAGUACCAACCUCCGAAAAGAAAGCAUUUAGACACUCUAGUGUCUUUAACUCACCAAGACCCUGCCAGUGUUGGUAGCAUUAUGCACGCUCUCGGAAAACGCUCAAAAGAGAACUCUUGGAUUAUUGCAUACAAGAUUCUUAUUAUCAUCCAUGUACUAAUUAGAGAAGGGAAUGGCCACUAUGUCAUCGACUACAUGUACAACAAUCCCGGUAUUAUGGAAACCCGUGUUCGUGACAACAAAUCCUCCACACACGCGCAAAUGCAAAAUAUUGGCAUUUACAAGGGCUAUUUGGCCAGUAAGGUGCAAAUAUAUGGAGAGACAAGAGUUGAUCAAGUGAAAAACGCCGGUCACCACAAGGCUGGCAGACUUCGGCAUUUGUCGGUUUCGAAUGGGUUGCUUAAGGAAACCGAAGUGUUACAAAACCAAAUUACUUCAAUUGUGAAUUUCAAGCUUAAUAUACAUGGUGUAGAUGCGGAUAUUAGUCUAAUGGCAUUUCGACUUGUCCUUGAAGAUCUGUUGGGAGCCUUCCAAGCACUCAAUGAAGGCAUUGUAAACAUUUUGGAGCAUUAUUUUGCCAUGAGCAAACCAGACGCUCGAAGGUCACUCGACAUUUAUAAGCGGUUCGCCAAACAAACAGAAGAUACGCAUAGCUACCUCGAUCACGCGAAACGAUUCGAAAACGAUAUGCACAUGAGCAUUCCUACAAUGAAACAUGCACCUCUUUCGUUAGCAGCAGCAUUGGAAGAAUAUUUGAAUGAUCCGGAUUUCGAGUCACAGCAGAAUGCUACUUCGCAGUCUAAGCAGCAACCCAAAAGUAGCGCCACUUCUCUGCAGCAGCAGCAGCAGCAGCAACAACAACAACAACAACAGCAAACAUCCACUUCAACUCCUCCUCACACACAGAACAACAACAAUGCUACACAGCCACCAGCAGCGACGACGAUAGAUUCUCAAAAACAGCUUAUCGAUUUCUUUGGAAGUAUUGAAAACGAGCAAGCGACAGUUUUCCAUCCACAGCCAACAGGGGCUACUACGAACAGCAUGUCAUAUAUGCCAUCAUCACAAUCAACAGGUGGCCUGUUUCCGCCUGUACAGCAGCCACAAGCUACAGGCAGCAUCAGCAACCCAUUCCGAUCAUCCACUUUACCUAUUGGAAUGCCUUCACAGCUGACUGGUGGGCCGCUCUCUGCACAGCCUACUGGAGGUAGUCAAUCAAACCCGUUCCGAACACCAUCGCAUACUCAGAGCAUGUUCAUACCGCAGCAAACGACUGGUUGGUCAUCGGCCUCAUCAGCACAGCAAUACUCGUUCCAGCAACCUCUCCAACAACAACAACAGCAAUUCCAGAACCCUGUGAUGACAGGCGCGUCAUCCUUUAGCACGUUCCCACAACAACAACAACAACCGCAACCUCAGUUUCAGCCGCAUCAACAAGCACAACAACAACAACAACAGCCGUUUAAUACUAACAUCUUUGUUGCUCCCCAGGCAACGGGCUCACACAACCCGUUCCUUUAG